CAUGUUUCCUGUUGCAGGUGGAAUGAGACCCCCUCAAGCAGGCCUGAUGCCAAUGCAGCAGCAAGGAUUUCCUAUGGUCUCUGUCAUGCAACCCAAUAUGCAAGGCAUGAUGGGAAUGAAUUACAGCUCUCAAAUGUCCCAAGGACCCAUUGCAAUGCAGGCAGGAAUACCGAUGGGACCAAUGCCAGCAGCAGGCAUGCCUUUCCUGGGGCAGCCACCAUUCCUGGGCAUGCGUCCUCCAGGCCCACAGUACACUCCAGACAUGCAGAAGCAGUUUGCUGAAGAGCAACAAAAACGAUUUGAACAGCAACAAAAACUCUUAGAGGAAGAAAGGAAAAGACGUCAGUUUGAAGAGCAAAAACAGAAGCUCAGACUUUUGAGUAGCGUGAAACCCAAGACCGGAGAGAAGAACAGAGACCACGCCUUGGAAGCCAUAAAAGGGAACUUAGAUGGAUUUUCCAGAGAUGCUAAGAUGCAUCCCACUCCAGCAUCACACCCCAAGAAACCAGAUUGUCCCACAUCAUCUCAUUCUACCAAAACUGUCUCCCCAUCACCUGCCUUUCUUGACGAAGACGAAUUCAGUGACUUUAUGCAGGGGCCUGUUGAGGUUUCUGCUUGUGGGCCCUCUCCCAUGGCCCGGCCCUUUCAGUCUUUCCUUCCCACCACCCCACUCGUCCAGGUGCACACACAGAAGGCUGGAGCACAGCCUCUCCCUCCAGGUCAGGUUCCAGUGUCUUUUGCCUUACAUGGUGGCCAUGGGCAAAUCCCUUGUUUCUCUACUGCUUCAGCUUCACCCAGUGUGCAGAAAGCAGGCCCUUCCUUGGAAGAGAAGCUCCUAGUAUCUUGUGAUAUAAGUACAUCUGGGCAGGAACAAAUUAAAUUAAACACUCCUGAAGUUGGGCACAAAGCCGUAGUCGCAGGUUCCAGUAAGAACGGUCCCGGUUUAAUGGCCCGUAAUGGGGGUGCUGUAGAUGGAUGUGUAAGUGGUCCCACCACUGCAGAGGCAGAAAAGACUUCAGACCAAAACCUGCCCAGUGGAGAGAGUGGUGUGGGUGUGUUUCCCUCUCAGGAUCCUGCUCAGCCCAGGAUGCCUCCUUGGAUUUACAAUGAGAGUUUGGUUCCAGAUGCUUAUAAGAAAAUUUUAGAGACGACAAUGACUCCAACUGGAAUAGAUACUGCUAAACUUUAUCCCAUUCUGAUGUCAUCUGGACUUCCCAGGGAAACCCUCGGGCAGAUAUGGGCCUUAGCCAACCGGACUACACCCGGCAAACUUACUAAGGAAGAGCUUUAUACUGUUCUCGCCAUGGUAGCAGUAACACAGAGGGGUGUUCCUGCCAUGAGCCCUGAUGCUUUGAACCAGUUCCCAGCAGCUCCCAUUCCUACCUUAAGCGGCUUUCCUAUGGCUCUGCCUACCCCAGUGAGCCAGCCCACUGCGAUGCCCUCUGUUCCUGCAGGCUCCAUGCCUCUCAGCCUUGGACAGCCCAUCAUGGGCAUUAACCUUGUUGGACCAGUGGGUGGAGCUGCAGCACCAGCUUCCAGUGGCUUCAUGCCAGCCUACCCCUCAAACCAGGUGGGAAAGACAGAAGAAGAUGACUUCCAAGAUUUUCAAGAUGCUUCCAAAUCAGGAUCUCUUGAUGAUUCUUUUACUGACUUCCAAGAGGUGCCUGCUUCCUCAAAAACAAGUAAUUCCCAGCACGGAAACAGUGCCCCAUCUCUGCUGAUACCACUUCCCGGAACUAAAUCCUCCACAGAUAAAUACUCGGUGUUUAAAGGGAUUUCUGCUGACAGGCCCUCUGAAAACCCGGCUUCAUUUGGAGAGUCUGGUGACAAAUACAGUGCGUUCAGGGAACUUGAACAAACGGCAGAGAGCAAGCCUCUUGGAGAGAACUUUGCCGAGUUCAGAUCCACAGGAACCGAUGACGGCUUCACCGACUUCAAGACCGCCGAUAGUGUGUCACCCCUAGAGCCACCGACAAAGGACACUUUUCCAGCAGCCUUUCCCUCCGGAGCUGCACAACAGAAACAGACACCAGUGAAAACCCCUCUGAAUUUAGCAGACCUAGAUAUGUUCUCCUCAGUCAAUUGCAGUGGCGAGAAACUGGUGCCCUUUUCAACUGCGUUUAGCACAUCAAAGUCAGUUUCCACGAGACCUCCGCCGGCCAGCUCUGCAGCAGCCCCAGCAGCACUGGCAUCCACGAAAACUUCUAGUUUGGUAGAUGAUUUUGGAGAGUUCAACCUCUUCGGGGAAUACUUGAAUCCUGCAUCUGUUGGGGAGCAGGACGACUUUGCAGAUUUCAUGGCUUUCGGUAACAGCUCUAUUUCAUCUGAGGCCAAAGCAGACGACAAAUACGACGUCCUCAGAGAGGAAGUGAAUCCCAGCCCCUUGGCCAGCAGCACAGUGGAGAGUGCACAGAAUCCACCUGCUGCAUCUUCCAAAUACGAUGUCUUCAAACAGCUUUCCCUAGAGGGAGCUGGACUGGCCAUCGAGGAGUUCAAAGAGAACACUCCUUCUGCCAAGAGUGACGAUGACUUUGCUGACUUCCACUCCAGUAAGUUUUCAUCCACAAGCUCAGACAAGUCCCUGGGAGAGAAAGCGGUGGCUUUCAGACACGCCAAAGAAGACUCUGCCUCGGUGAAAUCCUUAGAUCUGCCCUCCAUCGGUGGCAGCAGCGUUGGCAAGGAGGACUCGGAAGACGCUCUUUCUGUUCAGUUUGACAUGAAAUUGGCUGAUGUGGGAGGAGAUCUUAAGCAUGUCAUGUCUGAUAGCUCGUUGGAUUUGCCAACAGUUAGUGGCCAACAUCCUCCUGCCGCAGAUGUAGAGGAUUUAGACUGUGAUGCUUUCGGAAGCUGUAGUAGCCAUUCUGCAGUGAGCACACUUAGGAGCUGUGACUGGCCAGACAGGGGUGAUGCAUCUCAGGGCAGAAACCUCUCUCCAUUUGUCCCCUCAGCAGGAAAUGGGUCCUUCUCGGUCACCUCAGAUCUUCAAAAGAAAGAGACCUCAUUUGGCAGUUCUGAAAACAUCACCAUGUCAUCUCUCUCCAAAGGAACAGCCUUGGCGAGCGAGGAUGCGCUCCCAGAGACUCCCUUCGCAGCCUUCGCCAGCUUUAAAGACAAGAUGCCCCAGAGCGUUGAGCAGAAAGAGUGCGAAAGUGAGGACUACCAGGACUUCACAAGGCAGGACCUGCCCACGGCGGCAUGGAGCCACGAGACUGCAUGUCCAAGCCCGGCUUCCAGUGUCGCCUCUCACGAAACCCCCAGGGACUGUGCAGAUGACUUUGGAGAAUUUCAAAGUGAAAAGCCCAAAAUCAGCAAAUUUGACUUUUUAGUAGCCAAUUCACAAAGCAAAAUGAAGUCCAGUGAAGAAAUGAUCAAAAGUGAGCUGGCAACUUUUGACCUUUCUGUUCAAGGAUCACACAAGAGGAGCUUAAGCCUCGGAGAUAAAGAAAUAAGCCGGUCCUCUCCUUCUCCGGCCCUGGAGCAGCCUUUCAGAGACCGGUCCAACACUCUGAGUGAGAAGACGGCGCUGCCCGUCAUCCGAGACAAGUACAAAGAUCUGACUGGCGAGGUGGAGGAAAACGAGAGGUACGCGUAUGAGUGGCAGAGAUGCCUGGGGAGCGCCCUGGAUGUCAUUAAGAAAGCAAAUGACACCUUAAAUGGCAUUAGCAGCAGUGCUGUUUGCACGGAAGUUAUCCAGUCAGCCCAAGGCAUGGAAUAUCUUCUAGGCGUCGUGGAAGUGUACCGAGUAACCAGACGUGUGGAGCUGGGGAUAAAAGCCACUGCUGUGUGCAGUGAGAAACUCCAGCAAUUACUAAAGGACAUCGAUAAAGUAUGGAACAACCUAAUCGGCUUCAUGUCACUCGCCACACUCACGCCAGAUGAAAAUUCGCUGGAUUUUUCCUCCUGUAUGUUACGGCCUGGGAUUAAAAAUGCUCAGGAGCUGGCCUGUGGGGUGUGUCUCUUAAAUGUGGACUCCAGGAGCCGGAAAGAAGAGAAGCCUGCAGAAGAACAGCCUAAAAAAGCAUUCAACUCGGAAACAGACAGUUUCAAGCUGGCCUAUGGAGGACACCAGUACCACGCCAGCUGUGCCAACUUCUGGAUCAACUGUGUUGAACCCAAGCCUCCCGGCCUCCUCCUGCCAGAUCUGCUCUGAAAAGCUGCUCAGUGAAGCUCCAGCUGACUUUUGGUUGUUUCUGUCACAUGACUGGGAGUGACAGGGAUCAAUAAACAGAAUGCAAGUGCUGCACAGUUCCUUCCCAUCAUCUCUUUGAAGCAUUCCCCAAGAGGUGGGGCGGAGCUUCCCCCAGACAGCCUUUGACCAGCAUGUCCCCCUGCCCCCUUUGAGACUCGAGGUGAAGUGCUAGACCUAAACCACAUGUGGCACCGGACACUUGUUUACUUUCUCCUCUGAUUUUCUGAUUCUUGUUGAUGUUAAUAUUGGUUUGAUUUUUUUAGGAUAGGGUUUUGGAAGCAUGCCCCUGGCUGACUUUGAAUUUGUAGAAAUCCUGUCUCUGCCUCCCAAGUGCUGAGUCAUAGAUGUGUGCCCCCAUACUCUGUUUCUCUUAUUCCCGUAAGAUAUUUUACAAUGUGGACCACAGUUUCUGUAAGGAGUAAUCUGCUGCUGAAGUGUUUAAAAUGUGAAAACUUAACAAAAGAAAAAAUAAAUUAUCCUAGGACUGGAAUCCACAAGUUUGUCUCCAGGUCCCAUGAAGCAGGACACAUUUUUCUGCAUUUAGCUUGUAAAUGUUGAAAUGAAUAAAGGGGGAUUGCGAUUAAACAGACAGGUACAGAGCGUCUCCACUGGACAGUGGCAGGCAAGGAGGGCACAGCUCCCCCCUCCUGUCAGCCCUCACCCUCUUCUCCUUCUCUGAAAGGCAACUCUCAAGGAGACUCUCCCGCUUUGACAGAGCCCAGGGCCUGUGUCUGACUGCACACCCCUCUCCUUGGAGCCUUUAUUGAGAUCCUGCUGUUUUACCUCAGCAUCAGGACUGACACAAAGCAUGGUAUUUUUCCUCCAGACAAAAUCUAUAAGAGCCAUGAAAUGAAAUCUCUUCAUAUUGACCUCUUUCCACAUUCCCAAAGAUGACUGCAUAGGGACCAGCAAUGCUGGACUUUGUACUAUUUCAGGAGAGAGCCGAGAAUGAACCCAGUGUGAGUGGAAUUCUGGGCCUAGUGCAUGGUUCUCAACCUUCCUACUGCUGUGACCUUUAAUACAGUUCCUCAUGUUGUGGUGACCUCCAAUCAAAAUUAUUUUCAUUGCCAUUUCAUAAGUGUAAUUUUGUUGUUCUGAAUCAUAUUGUAAAUAUCUGAGUACAGGUUACCUGAUAUGUGACCCUGUGAACGCCCCCAUCAUGACCCACAAGUUGGGAACCACUGGCCUAGUGAAAGGAGCAGUAAGGUGUGUGUAUGUGUGUGCAUGUGCGUACAUGUGUUAGAGAAACGCAUACAUGUAGCAGAGAAAAGCAGUUAGCAACAGCACUGAAUUUUCAAAUGAAACGGCUCGCGCUGGUAUAGGAAUUUGUCAUGUAAACACAAUGCAUAAAUCUAAGAGACCUGAAGCUUCAGUGGUUAAAAGGUGUGUAACUCCCAGGAGAAGCUGAACAGUCUGGGUCAGCGUCUCUUUGUCUCUCCACCUGUGGGUUUUAUGCAUUGGGAAAGACUUCGGGACGUACAUGCUUUACUAACUUGAUUUAGUCUUUAUUUAGAAAUCUAAAACGCUGACAUUAGUCUAUCUCUCUGCUACUUCUACAUAAUUCACCAUUUCCCCUUCCAGGACAAAACUUGAGGAGAUUCUGUGGUGUUCCAUCUUGUACUUUGUGUCUUUUCUCAAAGAUGCGGGUCAUUUCCAACCGUUGGCUCAGCUUCUCCUUGGCCAUGCUGUAGAUCAGGGUGCAGGGAGAAGAGCAAAUGAAUCCAAGCCAUUUACUCAUCUGUUCCAGAUGACGUCAUUCGAGCUACUAACAUUCAGACAGCUGUCUGCAUUGUGACCACAAGACCUUUCCGUCCCUGGGGCUGGUGGAGUGCGAAGAUCGCACACGCAGGUGGGCUGGUUUUCAGCGGCUCUCAGACAGCCCUACUACUGUCCCGCCAUAGCCCAGGGUAGCAGUCAUACCCUCCAGUCUGUGUUCUAGAUUACCCCCUCAUAAAAACCAGUAAUAGGACUGACCUUAGCCUAAGAAUGUUCCCAGUGAAGUAUUGUCUGCAUAGUAGCCUGUAUGCAUGGCAUCUUAAGCACCUCAUAGCUAGGUUGUCUCCACUUGUAGAUUUAUUCCAGAAUGCCUCAGUUAAAACUCCUUACCAUAGGGUUAGUCACUUCUUAAGAGGUGCAGAGGAAAAUGCAGUAAACAUAGACAAAAGUAUUGUCUGUGUAGUGCUUCAGAUGUUCAGCUGGAUCCUUACACCGGGACUUGGGGGCGUGUAGAACAUUAGUCGACUGAUUUUCUUUGUGUGCAUGGAUUAACAUGACUCACGUUGCAUUCAAUUUCACCUCAGCUCUCUUGUUAACCACGAGCCCAGUGUCCUUGGAAACAGUAACCAAGGUUACUUAUCUCCUCUCUGUGCAUUGUGUCAGGCAGCUUCACCCGCCGCUUGAAUGGCGAUUAAUAAGCACUGCUCGGUUUGGGAGCCGUGCCUUGCCUUUCUGUUCCUGGGGUUGGCGUGUGACCUGUGUCUGGACAUGUUCGAGACAGCAGGGGCUCAAGGCGUGCUCAGAUAUUACCUCUGUUUUCCUUCGCUGUGUCUGCUAGUCAGCAUUUCAUCUGGGAAACGCAUUGCUAAAUUCAUGUUUUGCGUUGCUAUACAUAUUUUGGGUGUUUGGGUUUUUGUUUUUAUUUUGGUCUUAUUUCCUGUUUUUCUAUUUAUGUAUCAUCUAAAAGAUUUCUUAAAAACAGAAAGUGGAAAUGCUUGCUUUGUACCAGGGGCUGCUCUGAGAAUUCUCCUAAGUACCUUCGAGGUCAGAUGCCUUUUGUUAACGGAUGAACUGUGACGUUUUCAGUCAUUUGUCACAAAGAAGAGGCCGUUGAAGCCUGCUGUAGACAUCCCAGCUGACGUCACAAUGCAGGUCAAGAUGUGUGUAGCCUGGCUUUAUGUCUAGGUUGGGUACCAUUUCUUUGGAAAAGGGUUCACCAAAUAAUAUUGCAAAGCCCCCUCCUUCCUAAGUCUAGCCAAGGAAGUAGGGCUUAGUGAAACAGUUCACUGUUUGUUUUUUAAAAGUAACUUUAUAAAUACUUUUCAUUAUAAUAAAAAUUUUACUUAGUUUCA